CCGACGCAUCCCGCCCCCGCUCUGUCGCUUUAAGCUGGUCCCGCCGCUGCGCCCCGCCCUCACCCCUCCGCGCUCCGCGGCUCCCCGCCGCUUCUCCCGCUCCUCCCCUGCUCGGCCCUCUCCUCCUCCUCCCGCUCCUCCUCCCGCUCCUCCGCGCCGCCGCCAGCCCCGCUGCGCGCUCUGCUCUUCGCAGCUCCCCGGACCCGCAGCCAUGGCCGACAUCAAGACGGGCAUCUUCGCCAAGAACGUCCAGAAGCGACUCAACCGCGCGCAGGAAAAGGUCCUCCAGAAACUGGGGAAAGCUGAUGAGACAAAAGACGAACAGUUCGAAGAAUAUGUCCAGAACUUCAAACGGCAAGAAGCAGAGGGUACCAGACUUCAGCGAGAACUCCGAGGAUAUUUAGCAGCAAUCAAAGGCAUGCAAGAGGCCUCCAUGAAGCUAACGGAGUCACUACAUGAAGUCUAUGAGCCGGAUUGGUAUGGGCGGGAAGAUGUGAAAAUGGUUGGCGAGAAAUGUGAUGUGCUGUGGGAAGACUUCCAUCAAAAACUUGUGGAUGGGUCCUUGCUAACACUGGAUACCUACCUGGGGCAAUUUCCUGACAUAAAGAAUCGCAUCGCCAAGCGCAGCAGGAAGCUGGUGGACUAUGACAGUGCCCGCCACCAUCUGGAAGCUCUGCAGAGCUCCAAGAGGAAGGAUGAGAGUCGAAUCUCUAAGGCAGAAGAAGAAUUUCAGAAAGCACAGAAAGUGUUUGAAGAGUUUAAUGUUGACUUACAAGAAGAGUUACCAUCAUUAUGGUCAAGACGAGUUGGAUUUUAUGUUAAUACUUUCAAAAACGUCUCCAGCCUUGAAGCCAAGUUUCAUAAGGAAAUUGCGGUGCUUUGCCACAAACUGUAUGAAGUAAUGACGAAACUGGGUGACCAGCAUGCCGACAAGGCCUUCACCAUCCAAGGAGCGCCCAGUGAUUCGGGUCCUCUCCGCAUUGCAAAGACGCCAUCACCACCUGAGGAGCCUUCACCACUCCCGAGCCCAACAGCAAGUCCAAAUCAUACAUUAGCACCUGCAUCUCCCGCACCAGCACGGCCUCGGUCGCCUUCACAGACUAGGAAAGGGCCUCCUGUCCCACCUCUACCUAAAGUCACCCCGACAAAGGAACUGCGGCAGGAGAACAUCAUCAGUUUCUUUGAGGACAACUUUGUUCCAGAAAUCAGUGUGACGACACCUUCCCAGAACGAAGUCCCUGAGGUGAAGAAAGAGGAGACUUUGCUGGAUCUGGACUUCGAUCCUUUCAAGCCCGAGGUGACACCUGCAGGUUCUGCUGGAGUGACCCACUCACCCAUGUCUCAGACAUUGCCCUGGGACCUAUGGACGACAAGCGCUGAUUUGGUACAGCCGGCUUCUGGUGGUUCCUUUAAUGGAUUCACACAGCCCCAGGAUACUUCAUUAUUCGCAAUGCAGACAGACCAGAGUAUGAUCUGCAACUUGGCUGAAUCUGAACAGGCUCCACCCACAGAGCCAAAAGCAGAGGAGCCCCUGGCUGCUGUCACACCUGCCGUUGGGCUGGACCUUGGAAUGGACACUCGGGCUGAGGAGCCAGUGGAGGAGGCAGUGAUCAUACCUGGAGCUGAUGCUGAUGCAGCUGUUGGAACCUUGGUGUCAGCAGCUGAGGGGGCCCCAGGAGAGGAAGCAGAGGCAGAGAAGGCCACUCUCCCUGCCGGGGAAGGAGUAAGUUUAGAGGAGGCCAAAAUUGGAACUGAAACCGAGGGUGCAGAGAGUGCCCAAGCUGAAGCAGAGGAGCUGGCAGCAACAGUGCCUCAGGAGAAGGUCAUCCCUUCAGUGGUCAUAGAGCCUGCCUCCAACCAUGAAGAGGAGGGAGAACACGAAAUAACUAUAGGUGCAGAGCCCGAGGAGACCACCGAGGACACGGCUCCUCUGGGCCCCACCAGUGAGACGCCAGAGCUGGCUACGGAGCCGAAGCCCCUGCAGGACCCUCAGCCAAUGCCUUCUGCACCAGCCUUGGGGACUGCUGACCAGCUAGCAUCUGUAAGGGAGGCCUCUCAGGAAUUGCCUCCUGGCUUUCUCUACAAGGUGGAAACACUGCAUGAUUUUGAGGCAGCAAAUUCUGAUGAACUUACCUUACAAAGGGGUGACGUGGUGCUGGUGGUCCCCUCAGAUUCAGAAGCUGAUCAGGAUGCAGGCUGGCUGGUGGGAGUGAAGGAAUCAGACUGGCUUCAGUACAGAGACCUUGCCACCUACAAAGGCCUUUUUCCGGAGAACUUCACCCGACGCUUGGAUUAGGGCAACAAGUAUUGCAAGAAAGAGCUCAGUUACUGGGUUUUUAAACCUUCAUGAAAACCUGAAGAGUUCACUUUUGCUAUUAUGCUCUUAAUGAUUUACAGACUGAUGCCAGACGAACCUUGGGAAGAUGUAUCAAUGGAGUAUGUGUGCAAAAAAAAACGUAAGAGAAAGAAAAGUAAAUUAAGGAAAAAAUCCUCACUCGUUCCCAUGUUGUCAAUAACAGGUUUGUUUGUGCUUUGUCCAAACAGUGGACUCUUGUACUUGAUCCCCUCCCACCAAUUCUAAAAUAGCUUUCUCCAGAUCAGACUUUUAUUUCUCUGCAUCAGGUGUAUGGUAUUGAGUGGCUGCCCUGCAGAAGAUGUGAUGAAUUAUCCUGUGGUACAAGAUUAUCUUAUUCCCCUGACCAGGUGUGAGCACGUGCUCUCGCUCCCUUUCAGGUUUACUGUGUUUAAAACUAAACUGCUGCAAAAGUUCUCAAUGUUAUUUUCCAACACAUCUAUAUGUAUAUAUAUAUGGACACACAGUCACGCAAGCUAGUUCCCAUGACUCCUGGAUCUAUGUGUAUGCAGAAGGCUACAUAUACAUAGUUGCUUUCUUUCCUUUCCAUUGUAACUCUUUGCCUCUCAAGUGUCAUUGAUACAUGCAUUGCUCUUAUGCUGACUGGCAUUACAGUCGCAGUUUUGCCUCAUGGCAAAACCAGCCAUCCCAUUGCCAAAACAGUCAACAGUAUCUGUGUUUGUACUGUGCAGUUUUCAGGAUGAGAUGACAGAUAGCAUGACCACACUGAGGCCCCCUCAGAGAAAGCAGGGCCUGAUUUAUCUAGCUGUCCAGUCGCUGUGGCUGGAGGUAGGCUAGUUGGGAUGGGCAGCUAAGUAGUCUUCUCUUCUGCCUUUAUGAGAUUGGGUAGAAAGAUGGGGCAUAUUCAUCCACCCCCAAAAGAACACUAUAAAAACAGCUCCUCUAUAUUUCCACCUCUUUCUAUUUAUGCAACUCAUCUUCACAGAUUGUUCUAAAGUAAAAUAGAUGGUGUAUGCUGUAUCCACAAAUCAUCUGUAACAAUUAUGUUUUCAGUGCUGUGUCAUUCCAAAUAAACCUUUGGUAAUCUCCAACGAUUACCCUAAUUCC